UAAAGCGCAUGCGCACCACGUGACUCCGCAACUUCCGGGUUACCACGUGCCAGGCUCCCGGGGCCACCAUGUUGAGCUGUGACUUCCCUCCUGAGGUCCAGAGUCUGUUUGAGAAACGAUUCACAUACAAGAAGGAGCAGGACUGGAGUCUGCCUGCAACCUCAGAGGUCCUGAGCUCUGACCACAAGGAGUUCAGUCACCUCCUCUCCUUGAAGGAGUCUCUGAACAAGGUGAAGAACCUUCUGAGUGAUAAGAAGCUGGACGACUGGCACCGACACACGUCCUUCACAAACAAAGCCGGGAAGAUUGUGCCCGAGGCCCGGAGAUAUGCCAAUGCUGAGCUCUGCACUCAGGCCUGGUGUAAGUUCCAUGAGAUUGUAUGCACCUACCCGCUGCUGCCCGACACGGCGCUCUGGAUCUCUGAGCUGAACACCCUGCAUCUGUGUGAGGCCCCCGGGGCCUUCAUCUCCAGCCUCAACCACUACCUGAAAACUCAGGAAGUGCGCUGCGACUGGAACUGGGUGGCCAACACUCUAAACCCGUACCAUGAGGCCAACGAUGGUCUGGUGAUGAUCGCCGAUGACCGCCUGAUUGCAAAUACCUUACCCUGGUGGUACUUUGGACCAGACAACACUGGAGACAUCAUGAGCAGCAAGUACCUGGACGGAUUACAGAGGUUUAUCAGUAAUAUGUCCUCUGUUCAUCUGGUUACAGCAGACGGCAGUUUUGACUGUCAGGGAAACCCUGGAGAACAGGAGACACUUGUCUACCCUCUGCACUACUGUGAGGUGGUGACCUGUUUGGCAACUCUGGGCCCCGGGGGAUCCUUUGUCCUGAAGAUGUUCACCCUUUUCCAGCAUUCUUCCAUCAAUCUCAUGUACCUUCUUAAUUGCUGCUUCCAGACAGUCCACUUGAUAAAACCUGGCACCAGCAAGGCCGGAAACUCUGAGGUGUAUGUGGUGUGCUUGGGCUAUGUAGGUAAGGACACCAUCCAGGGGCAUCUGGAGAAGAUGAUUGCCCAUCUUGGGGCAGAUGUUGGAGUAAAGUCCCUGUUUCCUCACCACUUCCUCCCGGAGUCGUUCCUGCAGUGUCACCAGGACUGCUGCACUUACUUUUAUGAGCUUCAGACACAAACCAUCCUGGAAAACCUGCAGCUUUUCUCACACAUGAGUGAGGAGGACAAUCUGCGGCUGAAGCUGCUGCGGGAGGCUUCUGUGUCCUAUUACAUGCAGAAAUUCCAGAUUGCGUUCAUACCUAAAAAACAUUGGCUGGUCCGGAAGCCGCAAGUCGGCUGCAGUUUCAACACACGGUGGGUGGGAACUCGUAACCGCCGCACAGAUACUUACAAUGAGAGGAAGCAGCUGGAAGCACUUAGCUGGCAUGAGAAGGUCUCUCAGGGAUACUUCACCUCCUUCUUGGAAGACCAUGUGGAUGGGGACCUGGGCAGAGGCUGCUUUCUGGAAGGGUCGAGCUGUGAGCUGAGACACGAGGACUGGUACUUCCUUCAAGGGCCGCGACACUCAAGGAUCCAGAGCUCCUCGUUCUGUGACUGUGAUCUUCUAAAGAAAUACAAUGAAAGCAUCGAGCAAGGCUCCAUCGUGUCCCUGGCAUCGCUCUCCUGUCCUUCCUGUCCCCUCCAGCCUGCAGGAGAUGUAGUGUCAUCAUUGUUGGAGCUGGUACAGAAUGGGCAUCAUGUUCUGGUCUGUGGGGCUUAUCCAGUGUUUGAGGUUCUUCACCAGAGACAGUUGUCUUUAGGAUUUCUUGAAUGUCCUCCUCUGCAGCAGCCCGUAUCUCUCCUUCAUGAUGGGGAUCCGGCCUACCAGCAGCAGCUCCUCUCCUUGAUUUUGCAGGCAUUUCAGCAGUUACAGGCAGGUGACUCUUUCCUCCUUCCAAUUCUGUCCUCGCUCACCCGCUUUACUGCUGGCAUUGUGUACAUAUUGUGCCAUUGCUUUCAGAUCAUCAGCUUCUCGUGUCCCACCAGCCAUCUAACCUACGGAACCAAUGCUGUCCUUUUUUGCUGUGGUUACCAUCCGCUUCCCAGUCCCGUCCUCCAGAGCCUUCACCAUCUAAAGCAGCUGGUGGAAGAACUGGUGAGCUCUGCGUCUCCUCAGCAGGUUCUGGAGUUUGUACCCAUGGAAGAACUUCUGAAAGGCCCUUUUCUGGAAUUCUUAUGGGACCUGAAUUCCACAAUUAUCAGACGCAGCCUCCAUGUAAUUGGACUCCAUGAGCAAGAAAAGACAUUUUCGGACAAAAGAUCUGUCCGGGCUUCAGAGCAGACAGGAGAACAAAAGUGAUCAGCGGCGCCUGCCAUCCUGUGUACAUAGAGAUUAGCCUGUACAUAUCAUGUAUGAUUUAUUUUAUCACCCAAAUUGUUUGGAAUUAGCAGUGUCUGUGGUGCUGGACCGCGCCGGUCACUCGCCCUCCUCUCUUCCAUGUGGGUCGUUAUCUGGUUUUUGUUGAAACUUUGUCCAAACUAAACUCCAGAAAAUUAAAAUGUUA